GCGGAAGUAGUUUUGCUCAAACCGUCGUGUUGGAUUUAGUUUGUCUUUUACGCUCUUGCAAUGGUGCUCAAACAAUGUCAUUCGCGUCUCAGCGUUUUUGCUCUUUGUCACAAUAAAAAGCGCUUCAGCCUUGCGAGUACAGACAGCGUAAAAUUUAGCAGGCGUCUGUCUUGGAACGUUCUUCCGAUCGAUCUUCGUUGGCCACAUUUUAAAUCCUCGGCAAGUUUCCCAAAUUCUUCAUCUGACACCGUGAGGCGACGAUACCUGCACCUGUCCGCAAGAGAGAAAAGUUCUGUCAGCCCCAUCCAGUCUGAUGUACAGACAGAUGUUCCUAAAAUCCGAAAGCUGUUCUUUGACACUCAUGCGGUGGUUCGACUCCUCGAAGAGAACGGCUUUACAACUCAAGAAGCCGAAGCCUUAAUUAAGGCUCUCUUGAACAUGACCAAUUCUACCAUGGACACUAUUUACAGUGACAUGGUAACCAAAGUACAGCAGGAAAUAAUGAUGCAGCGUAUAAUGUCUCAAAUAGCAGCCCUGAAGAAGGACAUGGUCAUUCUGGAGAAAAGCGAGUUUACUACAUUACUGGCAGAGAAUGAGAAAUUGAAGAUCCAGCUCUGGCAGCUUAAGGUGCAACUCGCUGAUGUGAUGAAUAAAGUACGCUCAGACACGCUUUUGGACAUGAAUUUAGAGAAGAGUCGUGUGACAGAACUGAAAGUACACCAUGAGAAGAAACUUAUGGAAACACGGACAGAAAUUUUGGAAAUGACUUCGGAGCAAGAUCGUCUUCUUACUCAAACCAACAUGAAAAUUGACACUGAAGUGGCGGGUUUGAAAACAAUGCUCGAGUCGCAUAAAUUGGACACGAUAAAAUACGUUGCAGGUUCAGUGUUUACUUGUCUCACCGUGCUCUUAGGUUUCUAUCGUAUCUGGAUGUAAAGAGCGCUCGAAAGGAAUGAUGGGACUUUAUAUUCGGCACAUUCAUGCACUGACCUUAUUUUAAUGGACUCUGAAGUCAAGCAUGAUUCAAGGUCUGCAGCAAAGUCUUCCAGUUGUUUACCAGCGACAUUCCACUCGAGAUGGCUGAAGGCAACGAGAAAAAUAAACCAUAUCUUUUAGUUUUGUAUGAAA